AAUGACUCAAUUUCUUAGAAAAUUAAUAAGAACAUGAUAUUUUUCUACCUUAGAUAAGCUAAAAAUGUAAUUUAGAUAAGAUAUGAAAUGAGUCUGCCCCUCAGUACGCGUUUGUUUAAUGUAUUCCCUAAUACAUUGCUUGUUGGUAACAAAAUAUUUCAAAUUGGUCCUACAUUUGAAGCGUUGGAUUUAAAAAAAUGUCUCAAAUCGUAAAAUGAGUUGUCUUUAAAAAUUCUCAAAGGCACUGACCUAGGAGUAAAUUAAGUACAUAAUUAACUUUUCCCUAUAUAAUGAGCUUAAGAGUAAACCAAAGGCUAUUUAUUUCAAAUGGAUCCUUACAGGGUACUGUUUGGUUUAGUGUUAUCCGUUUGUAUCGGCAGUAGUGCUGGAUUAUUUUUCCCGUCAUCUGACUCCGGCUUGGAUGCAGUAAAGAAAGCUACGAGAUGGAAUUUGCCGUGGUUGGGAAUAGGCGUGAGGUGCAACGGCUGCCCGCCCAGAAGUUGCGAGGAUGACGAGGCCAUCAUACACGGCUACUGCUGCGGCUGUGCCUAUUCUUCAGAUAGAUUACCAGUGCUUUGUCCAGAGUUCCUGCAAUGCCCCCUCAACCUGCACGGACUAUGCCACGAUUACGAAUACAUGAUGAGAUGCUGCUGUUGACUGUUGAUCCAAGUACAUCAAAUAUAGUAACGGCCG